CUGCCAGUGCCCCUGCCUGCACAAGCCACUACGACAGCGACCCAAACCCAAACAGGCACGAGGAAUAGUCAGCCAGUCGAGCGAGCGAUCAAGUCAUGGUGGCCGACCACCAGUCCUCCUCCCCCGCCUCCCCGCGGCCGCGGUUCACCAUCGGCUACGCGCUGCCGCCCGGCAAGGCGGGCAGCGUCAUCCAGCCGCCCCUGGAGGCCCUCGCGGCGGAGCGCGGCAUGCGCCUCGUCGCCGUCGACGCCUCGCUCCCGCUGGCCGACCAGGGCCCCUUCGACCUCAUCAUCCACAAGCUCUUCGACCGGCCCUGGCGCGCGCAGCUGGAGGCCUUCUCCGCGCUCCACCCCUCCGUCCCCGUCGUCGACGCCCCCGCCGCCGUCGACCGCCUGCUCGACCGCUUCACCAUGCUCGACGUCGUCCCCGGGCUCGCCGCCGGCCUGGACUUCCCGCUGUCCGUCCCCGCGCAGGUCACCGUGAGCGACGCCGCCGCGCUCGCCGCGGACGACCCCUCCCACGGCCUCCGCUUCCCGCUCAUCGCCAAGCCGCUGGCCGUCGACGGCAGCGCGGGGUCCCACGACCUGUGCCUCGUGUACCGCGCCGAGGGCCUCCGGGGCCUCCACACGCCCGUCGUCCUCCAGGAGUUCGUCAACCACGGCGGCGUGCUCUUCAAGGUCUACGUGGUGGGCGGCCGCGCCGUGUGCGUCCGGCGCAGCAGCCUGCCGGACGUGCCCGCGGCGCGCCUCGCGGACCCCGACGCCGACGCCUCCGUCCCCUUCGCCAACAUCUCCAGCCGCCCCGCGCUGGACAAGGGGGAGGACUCGAUGCCGCCCGCCGCGUUCGUCGACCAGGUCGCGCGCGGGCUCCGCCAAGCGCUGGGGUUGCACCUCCUCAACUUCGACAUGUUCGCGGCGACGGAGCUGGACGACGGCGGCCGGCAGAGAUACUUCCUUGUCGACAUCAACUACUUCCCGGGGUUCGCCAAGAUGCCGGGCUAUGAGACUGCUCUCACGGAUUUCUUCGCCGAGAUGAUUCAGGUCGGCACAGGCGCCGCCAGCUUCGAGAAGCUCGAAUCUGUGCCCUGCAAUGGCAUAGAUCUCGAGUGAAGUGAACGAGGUGUGCCCGAAGACCCCGUACUGCCGAUAAUAAAAAUUAAGAAAAUGCUGCACACUUCGCCGCGUAUAAGAUAUAUGUAAUAGUACUGUCAAGGAACUGAUUAAGACAUCGAUGAUUGAUGCUACUAUCUAUGAAGGUUUCAAAUCUAAGGUACUUCAAGUGCAA